AUGCGCUUCACCAUUCUAUCCGCCAUCUUCGUCACCUUGGCCACUGCCACUCCGCUCGGCAUCUCAGUGCCUCUGGACACCCGGGAUGCAUCUUCAAUGUGCUCUCCAAACUUUUGUCCGUGCGUGGAAAGGGAGCUAUCCACGCAGUAUCCCACAGCCUACCAAUAUUGCUUCAUCCAAAACUGUCGGCAUAUGCCUUGGAUUACGGGCCUCAACAAGCCAAAGAAGCAGUACGAGAAAGACUGCCUGAAAGUCGACGGGGCUCCCAAACAUGAUGUAGACGGAUAA